CGCCUGUAGGGGGCAGUGUGGGGUUCGGUCUUCGGUCUUCUUCCUUUUCCAACAUGUCGGUGUUCGGGCCGGUUGUGAAGAUUCAUCCUGUCGUUCUCGCUUCUAUCUGUGACUCGUACGAGCGAAGAAACGAGUCAGCGAGUCGUGUGAUCGGGACCUUGUUGGGAACUAUCGACAAACAUUCCAUCGAGGUCACCAACUGUUUCUCUGUCCCCCACAAUGAAUCUGAAGACGAGGUUGCUGUGGACAUGGAGUUUGCCAAGAACAUGUAUGAGCUCCACAAGAGAGUGUCGCCCACUGAGGUCAUCAUUGGAUGGUACGCUACCGGCUUCGACAUCACGGAACACUCGGUGCUGAUCCACGAGUACUACAGCCGCGAGGCCUCCAACCCCAUCCACCUCACCGUGGACACGGCGCUGCAGAGCGGAAAGAUGAACAUCCGUGCCUACGUCAGUGCGCAGAUGGGUGUGCCAGGAAAGACCGUUGGCGUGAUGUUCACCCCGCUUACCGUGAAGUACAUUUACUAUGACACAGAGCGGAUCGGUGUGGACCUUCUGCAGAGGACACGUGUGGCUCCCAGUCGUACCAAGGGCCUGACCUCUGACCUGGCCCAGGUGGGCAGCUCUGCAGCCCGGAUACAAGACAUGCUGGCGACUGUGCUCUCGUACAUUGAGGAUGUGCUGUCUGGCAAAGUGACAGCGGAUAACAGUGUGGGCCGCUUCCUGAUGGACCUGGUCAACAAAGUGCCCACAAUCUCAGCUGAGGACUUUGAGAACAUGCUCAAUUCUAACAUCAACGACUUGUUGAUGGUGACCUACCUGGCUAACCUCACACAAGCACAGAUCGCUCUCAACGAGAAGCUGGUGGUGCUCUGAGGCCUUCUGUCAUGGAACAUAUUUAAUUGUUUCUUUACUUUUUGGGUUGAGAAUGAGAUAAUAAAGAUGUUACAGUCAAACUCUC